AUGAAGGUAGCAAUCAUUGGGGCCACGGGCCAAACUGGCACAUCCAUUGUCAAUGGUCUACUCGCCUCGACUGAAACACAAUUCGACAUCACCGCCCUUGUCAGACCGUCAUCACUCAAGAAGCCAAAUGUGAUGGAACUGCAGGGCAAGGGUGUAAACAUAAUGUCUUUCAACAUUAACGACCCCGAGGACCAUCUCGCCGCCCAGCUCAAAGGCAUCGAAGUGCUUAUUGCUUCUUGUCUGCUCGAUGAAACAAUCCUGGCCAAUGCAGCCAAGAAGGCAGGUGUGAAACGAUACAUUCCAUGCUUCUUUGCUACGGUGAUGCCUCGAGGUGUUCAGAAAUCGCGGGAUAAUAAGGAGAACGUCUUGGACCAUAUCCAGAGACUACAUCUUCCUUAUACUGUCAUCGACGUCGGUUGGUGGUACCAAGUUAGUCUUCCCCGUCUUCCUUCCGGCCGCAUUGAUCGCAAUCUUUUUCUCUACAACAGUGCGAUUGGAGGAAGCGGUGAUAUACCUUCUGCCAGGACCGAUUGCCGCGACGUUGGCAUCUAUGUCGCUCGUAUCAUCACCGACCCAAGGACCCUCAACCAAAAGGUCUUUGCUUACACCGAACUCCGCACUCAGCAUGAGCUGUAUGACGCAGUCGAGAAAAUCAGCGGCGAAAAGCUUGAAAGAAAAUAUCGCACCGUCAAGGAGAUUGAUGAUGCAAUUGCCAGAACCAAGGACAAUCCCAAAGAGAUAUUUGAAUACUCCAUGUUAGCAUACCAAAAGUCGUUUGACGUUAUGGGGGAAAAUACACCUGAAUACGCCCGCUACCGGGGCUAUCAGAUCGGCAAAGACCUCUACCCUGACGUGAAGGGAACCUCUUUUGAAGAUUUCUUCAAAGAGACUUUGAGAACAGGCCUACCACCCAUGUAUGAGGAGUAUGCAGAUUUAACUAGCGAUUUCGUUUACAAGGGUGAAGGCACAAUGGAAUGA